CCCGCUCACAAGACCGUAUAUUGCCCCUCUAUGUCUAGGUUGCUUUGCGACCAACAGGGGCUUCUAGACCGCCACCCGCCACCCAGAUGUCUGCGCAAUAAAUACGUUGCUUAGGGUGCAACCCCUCGUUUCGCAUAGUACGAUGUCCACCCGUUCUAUUAUAACAACAUUCCAAGCUCUUUUUGUCGUCGAACUCUUCUUCCACGCGCAAACUGGCAUACCUGGGCUUACACUCCUGCUUUACGGUAAUACUCGGCACUUCUCGAAGCUGAGGCAGGUAGAUCUCCUCAAGGGAGGAGGGUUUCCCACAGGGCACGAUGAACACAAGCACGAUGGACGCUGCGAUCACCAGCAAGUUGCUGCGUAUAGGCGCAGGGAUACCUCGUGUGGCACAGAUGACCAGCCUUCAAUGUCUCCACGCUGCCUCGACGCGGUUUACAGGCCACAUCUGACCACAAUAUGCGAGGUACUUGAAGACGAUGUGGAUACACACUACACAAACAGUAGCCAGGAUGGCUUCCACGAGAUGCCCAACGAUCUAAUUACGGAAUCCUCUGCUUCGCCACCGGACUUAGAGACAUUCUCUGAGCGGAAUGCAAGUCAAGAUGUACUGCUGCAAUACCAACUGGACCGUCGCAGUCUGAUCAUCGACUCUGCGAACCCGGCAUUAGCACCUCAUAUAGUCAUCACGCCACCAGAUUCUGAAGAUGCUUGGGAUCUGUACUGGGCCUCCUGGCAGAACAGAAUCGGCAUCCAGGAUACCAGCUUUCUAGGUGUGCCUCUCGUGGACGAAUGGCCUAGUUCUCUGGCAUCCCUACCCCCACUGUUGGGCGUGGAGCCCGAGUCUACUAUACCGACGCCACAGUCACUACCUGCAGCCGUCGUGGUACAAGCGGCUGCGUCAGUGGCACUGUCUUUCCAUGUCCGUUGGAGAGAUCCUGCUUUCCGACUGCGCUUUGAAAGACCGUUUCACUGGACAGAUGCCGCGGAGCCCCUUCUAUCAUUCUUCUCCCAAACACUGGGAGCGACAGUUAUAGACACUGUCACGCCAUGUACAACACCCCACAUCGUGAUUGAAGAACCCGCCCCAGAACAAUGCUGGGCGCUGUACCACAACUCCGUCCCCAACCCGCAAGACGUCGGCUUUGGACACUACCUCACCGUGCCUUCUUCAUUCGUAAACUACGUAAACGCCCAGCCCGACCCGUUCGAAGAAGCCGCCGACGCUGGCAUGGAGGAUGUUGAUUCCUCGAGUGCGCAGGACAGUGGGGGUCCGCCGACACCUAAUUCGGUCGGUCCGAAUGACGUCGACCUGGUGAUGUCUUCAGAGCACGCUGUCGUGACGCGCGAAGACGAAUCCGAGGAUGUCUGUCACGCUGAUGUUGUGGCGGACACUAUGCCUUAUUCGUAUUCGGGCACGGGGGCUGACGGAUAUAGCAUGGGCGACGACGAUGACGAGGGGCUUCCGCCGUUUGACGACUGGUAUCAAUCUAUCGCUAGUCGACAGGCGUAG